AUGCUAAAACAACAGGGUACAUUGAAGAAGGUUAAACUAAUUAGCGAAAAAAGAAGAACCGAAAUAUGGGGAAAAUUUCUGACGCAGCAAGGUGAAUACACGGAUUGGUAUUGUAUUAUCCGGAAAAACUGUAUAUUAAUACGCCAGAUUUAUUACAAAUCACCGAUAUUAUAUUCUUGUGGAUUUCGCAGUAGCUGUACUAUUAUCGAUGUUUGCAGUCUGCCAUUUCGAGACGGAAGUUUGGGUGUGGUAGUGGCGGUGAACGAUGAACAAAAUGAGGAAUAUUUCUUGGCGUAUUAUAGUGUCAAGAUGAGUAGAAUUGUUAAGAAAAUAUUAAUACGCACAAAGAUCACUAAAGUUGUGACAAUUUUGGAUGCGACAAAGAAGAGUGAAAUUGAAUGUUUGCAUGAAAAUUUAAGGAGUUUUCCACACCUUGUAGCAGUUGGCACCAGUGGUGGUGACUGCUUUUUGGUACAUUUUGGGAUCGAUGUACCAAACAUAACUGAUCCAGAACUGAGAAAACCACCCUUUUCUAGUAAUUUGUGUAAAUCUUAUAUUUCUGAUGGACGAUUUAAUUUUGUGGCUAAUAACGGUACAGUAUAUCCUGUUAAUGUUGAUGAAAUACACGUCACAGCAAUAACUUACUUAGAACGGUGCAAAACAGUUGUCAUUGGCUUUUCUUGUGGUGCCUUCAUUACCGUCAAUCUUCUUAACGGCAAUGAUGCAUCCUAUUAUUAUUCGUCUUCUCCAGUUUACGGUUUUUCAUGCCAAGAACCAAUGGAUGAUCCGCGUCCUGUAUUAUAUCUUUGGGUUGCUUAUUCUAAAGGAAAACAGAAAAAUCCGCACGUGAUAUUGCUUGUGAUUAAUUUUCCAAAUGAUGAAGGACAUCCUCCUAAUGAAUGGACUUUGAAUGAUUUAAUAAUUAUUAAUUACCUUACGUGGAGUCCGGAAAAAUGCACUGAAUGGGUUUCUUUCCGAACUGUUAUUUCUUCUUCUUCUAGAGAACAUGCCGCAAAGAAUGGCAUUUCAGAACGAUUAUUGAAUAUCGAAGAAUCAUAUCUACGUGUACAUGUGACUGAUACUUCUCGCUUGCUGAUGACUUGGCGAACUACUAAAAAUACUAUAGAGGGUGCACUUUUUGAUUUGAACGCCUUCUAUUACAAACGUUUGCCACGACAAGUCAUUUUUGCGGAAUCAUUCCUGAACCUUAACCCUUUCCUGUCAUUGUUUACAUUACCGGUUAACAAUGACCAACAUACCUGCCUUGACUGCUUAGUAAAUUAUUCCGGUGUUUGGCAACACCGAAGUCCGUAUAGCGAAACAAAUGAUUUUUUUAUAUUUGCACCAUCAUAUACAUUCGAAAUCAUUGCAUUCAACGGGAACCGCGAAUUUACAAUAUUCAUACCAUCCAUACAGAAAGUUGUAUUAAAAUGGCUGGAUCAAAAUUUCGAUGAUGCAAUUGGACAGAAGUCUGAUCUUGCAUGCGCAUAUUUAAAUGCAGUUGGCCUUGCAAAAACACCUGCUGAUAUUUCCGAGAGCAGUCAAAUAUCGACGGCGCCGCUAGAAAAUGAAUCAAUAAUCAUCUCAUCACUGCUGUUCAACAGUGAAAUCAAUGAUACACUCAAAAAACAUAUUACCUCAUGCCCAAGCUAUGAUACCAUCCAUCAGAUCGCUUCGCUUAUAUGGAAAGAAGUUGUUAAUGCAAAACAGAAAUUCGAUGAACUUUCUGAGCCAUGGUUUGAUCGUAUUCCACGUGCGUUAUCAGCUGCAGAUAUGUGUUGGUUGCGAAACAGUGCAGCAGUUUUUCAUUGUGCUGCGGAACUGUUUGCUGAAAUUUCGAAAAGAGUACCAUCAGAGAAGAUUGCAGAUGCAACUACUUCAAAUUAUAGUAUGAUGGCAUCUAGAAAUUUGGUUUUCUAUACGAAUAUCGUGUUUCUUUUUCAUCGUGGUGGAUUACUUCCAGUAAAAAAUUAUACUGCUCUUAAUGCUCGUAUGAAAGCAAAAGUGGAUGAACGUAAGGAACGUUUGACUCCCGGCAGUAAACUAUAUAUAAUAAAAUUGCUAGAAGAAAUGCAAAGUGCUUGUCCUAACGAAAUUUUCUGGUGUGGUCUCACUGCUGAUGAGUGGUAUCCACCGAAUUCAAUUGGUGCCUUGCUUUCGGCUACACUUGCGAUAAAAAUAACUGAAACAUCAAAAUAUAAGCUAAUUGGAUAUUUUCUGCUUGAUUAUGAUGAUCUUAUGGGAAAGAAGCCGAAAGUUUUUGAUCGUUUCAAAUGGCUUUUUCCAUAUAGGAAUCAAGCAAUAUGUAAUCAAAUAGAAACAAACUGGAGAAACGAUUGUAGACUAGAGGAACCGGUUAGCGAAUGUGGAAAAAGCGGGAUUACUGAUACAAAAGCAGAAGAACCUGUUUGUGAAGUUCAACGACUUAUGAAACGUUUGCUUCUGAACAGAAAAGAAAUCGAAUUGAUAAAAGGUAGUGUAACGUCUUAG